AUGAGUCCUACCCUGGCUGUUCCCACCCCAUAUGGCUGUAUUGGCUGUAAGCUGCCACAGCCAGACUACCCACCGGCUGUAAUUACCUUUAUGUUCUGUUCAAUGGUUAUCAUCAUCGUCGUAGACCUGAUCGGCAACUCCAUGGUCAUUUUGGCUGUGACGAAGAACAAGAAGCUCCGAAAUUCCGGCAACAUCUUUGUGGUUAGCCUCUCUGUGGCCGAUAUGCUGGUGGCCGUCUACCCCUACCCUCUGAUGCUGCACGCCAUGGCCAUUGGGGGCUGGGAUCUGAGCCAGUUCCAGUGCCAGAUGGUUGGAUUCAUCACAGGGCUGAGUGUGGUCGGCUCUAUCUUCAAUAUUGUGGCAAUUGCCAUCAACCGUUACUGCUACAUCUGUCACAGCCUGCAGUAUGAGCGGGUCUUCAGUGUGCGCAAUACCUGCAUUUACCUGGUAGUCACCUGGAUCAUGACCAUCCUGGCUGUCCUGCCCAACAUGUACAUUGGCACCAUCGAGUAUGAUCCUCGCACCUACACCUGCAUCUUCAACUAUCUGAACAACCCUGUCUUUGCUGUGACCAUCGUCUGCAUCCACUUCGUCCUUCCUCUGCUCAUAGUGGGUUUCUGCUACGUGAGAAUCUGGACCAAAGUGCUGGCAGCCCGUCACCUGGCUGGGCAGAAUCCUGACAAUGAGCUUGCUGAGGUUCGCAAUUUUCUAACCAUGUUUGUCAUCUUCCUCCUCUUUGCAGUGUGCUGGUGCCCUAUCAACGUGCUCACUGUCUUGGUGGCUGUCAGUCCGAAGGAGAUGGCAGGCAAGAUCCCCAGCUGGCUUUAUCUCGCAGCCUACUUCACAGCCUACUUCAACAGCUGCCUCAACGCUGUGAUCUAUGGGCUCCUCAAUGAGAAUUUCCGAAGAGAAUACUGGACCACCUUCCAUGCUAUGCGGCACCCUAUCCAGUUCAUCUCUGGCCUCAUCACUGAUGUUCGUGAGACUCGGGAGGCCCAUGCCCUGGCCCGUGCCCGUGCCCAUGCCCGUGACCAAGCCCGAGAACAAGCCCAUGAACAAGACCGUGUCCAUGCGAGUCCUGCUGUGGAGGAAAUUCCAAUGAAUGUCCGGAAUGUUCCACUACCUGGUCAUGCUGCAGCUGCGUCUGACUAUCCUAAGUCAUCCUCUGGCCACUCCAGGUCUGCCUCUGCCCACUGCAAAUCUGCCUCUGGCCACCAUAAGUCAGUCUUUAGCCACUCCAAGCCUGCCUCUGGCCACCCCAAGCCUGCCUCUGGUCACUCCAAGUCUGCCACUGUCAACCCUAAGUCUGCCUCUGUCUACUUCAAGGCUGACUCUGUCCAUUUCAAGCCUGCCUCUGUCCAUUUCAAGGCUGACUCUGCCCAUUUCCAGCCUGUCUCCAACCACCCUAAGCCUGUCACUGGCCACCACAUCCCUGCUGGCAGCCACUCCAAGACUGCCUCCAGCCCCGCCACCAGCUGCUCUAAACCCGCCACUGGCCACACCAAACUUGCUACCAGCCAGCCUGAGCCCACCACUGCUGACUAUCCUGAGCCUGCUGCCACCAGCCACUCCGAGCCUGCCAUCACCAGCCACUCCGAGCCUGCCGCUGCUGGCCACCCUGAACUUUCUGCCUCCUGCCACCCUGAGACCACCGCUGCUGGCCACCUUGAGUGUGACAUCACUGACCUCCCUGAGUCUGCCUCCAGCUCUGCCCCUGGGUCCCCAGAGCCUGCCGCCAGCCCACUAGAGCUUGCCGCUGCCACUGACCUUCUUGACCCCACUGUGGUCACCACUGCCACCAAUGGUUACCGUGGGGCUGGGGUUAUUGAUGCUGAAGCUGAUUCUGAUGAAAUGGCCUUGUGA